AUGGCGUUCGGGUACCCCCCGCCGCCGCAGCCCCUGCCCUAUGGCCCGCCCCCGGCUGGGGUGUUUCCCGGCGCGCCCUUCGCCGGUUCCCCCUUCCCGCCUGCCCCGACGCCCUCCUUCCUCCCUGGGUCAACCACCCAGGCGUUCAUGGAGGCGGCGCAGGGGGUCCGCCUGGACCCCCUGGAGCCCGGGAUCCAUGCGGCGCAAAAGACGCACCGCGAGCAGAUCCAGAAGGGCCAGGCGCGGAUGUGGGGGCUGCGCUGCGGCCUCUACCGGCAGCCGGCGCUGUCGCGAGACUUUUUAGUCUCGUUCGACUACGACAUGACCGAGUUGGUGAGGAGCUCGGUCAAGCUGAGCGAGGCCAACGAGAGCCUCGCCCGCGACUUCAGGGCGCUGGAGUCGGCGGUGAACAACGUGCUCCCCGGCACCGCCAGUGCCGAGGGCAAGAUCCAGAGCCUGCAGGCCGAGCUGCAGAACUGGAAGCAGCGGUGCGAGCGGUCCGAGAAGGCCAUGUCCAGCGUGGUGAGGCGCAGUGACGAGGACCGGAAGACCAUCCAGCAGCUUCGUGAGACAGAGGCGCAGCUGCGCGAGGCCGAGGAGGCCAAGAAAAUCCUGCAGGAGCAGGUUAGCAAUAAGCGGUACCUCUGGAUGCAGAUUCACACUGCGCCAGAGGAGCGCGCCGCCCUGCUGGAGGAACUCCGCCGCCCUCCGACCGGACCGAUGGCUGGGCGACGUGCGGCCACCACUACUACUACUACCAGCGCGACCAGUGCCGCCGCCGCGCGGCCCGUCGCCGCCGAACGUCCGGGACACACGCGCCCGAAGACUGCGCAGCCCGCCGCCGCCGAACGUCCGGGCAACAACCGUCCGAAGACCGCGCAGCCGCCGAGUAACGCAAUGCCUGCCAGCUACUGGAACUACGGCCCCCCCUGGUUUCGUGGCGGAUACGUGCAGCACUACGGGCCGCCGCCAUUUUUCCCUCUCCCCGCUAAUAACCCGCCGCUGCAGCGCAAGAAGUCGGUCGCGGACACGUCCGGCUCGUCCCUCGACCUGCAUCCCGGCGACAGGUUCAAUACAGAUGGGAAAGGCAGUCCCAAGGAGCGGAAGAGAGACACCCCCCGCGCCGUCUUGUCCGACCCGGAGACAGUGAAGUGGGCGGACGAAUUUAACACGCUCUUCUCGAUGAUCCGCGGCUUCUGCGUGCAGUACUUCCAGCAGCUGCCCCCUGUCGAGGGAGACCUUAAGGCCCGCCUCCAAAAGCAGACGGACGGCUACCUCUGGGGGUUCAUCUCGAACCUCGCGGCCCACGACCAGGAAGCGAGCCGUGGCAAGUACGUCCUGCGGCUGCUGAAUUCCCCCGGGGCCCGCACCUACUUCCUGCAGCGCCUCAUCUUCCAGUACGUGUUCACAGCGAUGAUGAGCGUGCAAGCGUGGGCCGACUAUUCCACCGACUGUGGUGACAAGCUGCGGGCGACGGAGCGCGAGUUGGACGCCAUAGACGCGUCCAAGCCGCACGAGAGGCAGGCUCUCAUUGAGCGACGCGCAAAGCUGAUUCGGGAGAUUGUCGAAAGCCCGGAAGCAACCAAAUACCGAUCCAACAAAAUCACACAGCAUGCGAGCCGACUCAAGGAUAUCCUUGCAGUCUUUCUCCCCAGCGACAUGGACUCCAAAGCGGCCAAGGACGGCGUGGUCUACGACAUCUCAGUGAUUGCCAGCACCGCCUGGGACGUCUCGGCCAAGGUCCUCCAGGCGCCCAUCACCUUCGUGUUCACAUUUAACGACGUCAACUCGCUGUUUAUGACCGAGAUGCACGAGGCGCUGGACUGUUCCACCGACCCUCGCCAGCUGCAGGCCGAGAAGUGCCGCGUUAAGCUGUGCGUGACGCCCGCCAUCACCCUGCGGAAGGAUCAGGGCUCGACGAUCCAUGCCAAGAAUAUCCUCAAGGCUUCGGUUCUCGUUAUGAAAUACUAG